AUGACAGUCCAGGCCAAAAGAAAACUAGAUUUGGAAGGCAGUGACCCACAAUAUCUGCCAGAUUUCCGCACCCCAAAAGGAAAAACCAAGACUACAACCCGGCUUUCAAGCCCUAAAACUCCAAAGUCCCCUGGAGAGCGGACACGCUAUGACACUUCAUUAGGAUUGCUCACGAAGAAGUUUGUUGGCUUGCUGGGAGAAUCCUCCGAUGGAGUGCUUGAUUUAAACAAGGCCGCAGAGGUUCUUGAAGUGCAGAAGCGCAGAAUCUAUGACAUUACCAAUGUUUUAGAAGGGAUUCAGCUGAUCCGUAAGAAAUCCAAGAACAACAUCCAGUGGGUGGUUGGUGGAGUUUUUGAAGGAUCAGCACUCUCUGAGAAGCAGCGCAACCUGCAUAAAGAACUGAGAGAGCUGGAGCGAGCUGAAAAGUCCCUAGAUGACAUGAUACAGUGUAGUUCUUCUCAACUGAAGGAAAUGACAGAGGAUGAGCACAACCAACGAUUAGCUUAUGUUACCUACCAUGACAUCCGCUCCAUCAAAAGUCUCCAGGAUAAGACAGUAAUUGCCAUUAAAGCACCUUCAGAAACUAAACUGGAAGUCCCAGAAUCAUCUGGGGAUUCACUACAGAUCUACUUGAAAAGUAAAAAUGGACCCAUUGAAGUAUACUUAUGCCCAGAGGAGAUUCCAGUAGAUUGCAGUCCAGUGAAAACCAAUAGUCCUAUUAAAGAAGAAGGAUCAGAGACACCAAUUGGUGUCCCCACAGUGGUGAAACAAGAACCAGUUGAAGUACCUACAGAACCUCUACCUGCGGCCCCCUGCCCCACCCUGGAUGUAGCUGGAAUCCUGGACUUGCCCCCCAGUCUGCUUCAGCUGACAGAAGACCAACUUCCUCCUGCUAACUUUUCAGACUCUACUCCUUUUGUCAGCUUCUCUCCUCCUCUUGACCAUGACGAUUACCUUUGGGGUCUGGAUAAUGGUGAAGGGCUUUUUGACACCUAUGAUUUAGGUGACUUUCUGAAGAACUGAGAGUCCAUUUUUAACUACAUAAUCUUUGCCUCAUUUUGUCAUUCAUCACAAGUGAAUGCAACACACAGAAUUCACUUUCAUUCAGCAGUAAACCUGUGCUACUUGGUUUUGGUAGUUCAGUCCACUGUUUGCAGAAGUUAUAAUUCAGCAAUAUGAAAGAACAAUGGACAGCAGAAUGAAGGUGCACCUCUCAUCCACCUACAACAUGAUACAAUGUUGUAAUCUCAGUUGAGCACGAAAACUGGAUUGAAGGAUUUGGAUAUCGAAGAACUUCACCUAGAGACGCUUUAAAGAGUGACAAAUAACUAUUCAUCUUGUUGAUGAAGUUUUGUGUAGUGACAAUUUAAAGAUGUGAUCAUUUGUUUUUGUUUUUUUUUUUUGUUUUUUUUUCUUGUUUGUUUUUUUGCAAAGACCUGGAAAUCAUGUGGCCAGUUUUUACAAACCUAGAGUUUGUAAUGUUUACAGAAAUGACCAAUUCAUUGACGCUUCUCAUUUCAUCCUAGGAAAUGUUCCUUUGAUUUUUAUUUUUUUCACUGUAUUUGGUAAUGCCAAAAUAGCGUGUCAUCUAAUGGAUGCAAAUUUUUGAUACAACCAUUAAAUUAUACACAGUUUACAAAAGACUCCAAAUUAUGUUUAGGAGCAGUUUUUUUUUUUUUUGGUUCCAGUUCAUUUUGAGCGCCAAGAUAUGGAGUUCAUUGGCCAUUUUAGUUCUUCUCUGAGCAUGAGUGAAACACAAAAAUGUGUUUAUCACCUUGUGGUAUUCUUCUUGUAAAGGUGAGUCUGUGCUGUUGGCUUGUUGUCUUCUAGUUGCACGAGAUGACAGCUUAAGGAGAUCAGAGUCUUUACUUUAAUUGCUUAACGCUUUUCUCACUCUGUACUGUUAUAAAUAGAAGUGAUUUUUAUUAUUCGUUGACUUAUCUGUCAAAGGAUUGAGGACUGAUCUAAAACUUCAGUCUGUUUAAUAAAAUAAGCACUUCUAAUUAAUGUUUUUAUAGGUAAAGAUUUAUAUUUUUCUCCCCAUACUAUGUUAU